AUGGUACGGGGCGUGCGUAGUGUCGGAUGCUCUGAGGAGGAGACACAAGUGAUCAGAUUUCUUGAUCCUCUCACCAUUAUCAGUGGUCCGAAUGGAAGUGGCAAAACUACCCUCAUUGAAGCACUAAACUAUAUCACCACCGGUGCGCUUCCAUCUGGAAAAUUGGCGUCGUUUGUGCACAGUUUAGAGAUAACUACCAGCGACGGUCAGGUUAGCAGCCUUUCAUCAAAGGUGGCUGAUUUCCAGAAAGAAAUUGUCCAUCUUCUUGGGGUUCCAGCUCCAAUACUGGACAAUGUUAUUUUUUGUCACCAGGAAGAGUCAGAUUGGCCUCUCAGUGAACCAAAAGAGUUGAAACUAAGGUUCGAUCGUAUCUUCCAACUAACUAGAUUCGUCAAAGCUCUGGAAAUUAUGAAAAAAAUGAAGAAAGAUUGUGUUGGUUCAUACACUAUAUUUUUUCACAUCUUCUACUCGAUCACAGAAGUCAAGCGAGCCGAGCUGCGCAUGCUUAGUGAACAACUUUCAUGUAUCACUGUGGCUCCUUAUCCUGGUUCUGAAGAUGAUUUAAGGGCAGAGAUUCAUGAGGCUGGUGAAUUUUCUAGUCGAUUGUGUAGUAUAUGA